GUCUGCUUCCGAUUCUGUGUCUCCCUCUCUCUCUGCCCCUCCCCCGUUCAUGCUCGGUCUCUCUGUCUCAAAAAUAAAUAAAAAAAUUAAAAAACACAAAAACAAAAUACCAUCACUGUGGGAAAUCAUAGCUAUGUCCUGGGUUAGAUUAUAAGGACUGCAUUGCAAAGCAGACCACUGCUUUCUGGCUUUGCUGAAAACAGUGGACUGGUAUCUAGCUAAUGUAUAUCUAGGGGCCAAGUCCCAGCUAGUCUCUGUGCCCUGCUGCACCUGCCACUCUGACCCCUGCUGAGAAGAUGCUCAUGAAAAGGCCCACAAGUCUGCAGGUGUCACCAAGUGCAAGGCUGUCACUGCCUCCAGGGAGUGCAGUGAUGUGUCCCUAGCUAUGCUCAAGAAGGUGUUGGCGGCCACCGGCAUUGACCCGGAGAAAAACAGCAUCAAGCUGGGCCUCAAGAGGCUGGUGAGCAAGGGCACCCUGAUUCAGACCAAGGGCACUGGUGCCUUGGGUUCAUUCAAGCUCAACAAGGUGGCCUCAGGGAAAGCCAAGCCUAAAGCCAAGAUGGCAGGCGUGGCCAACCCCAAGAAGGCCAUGGGGGCAAGUACCCCCAAGAAGAGUGCCAAGAAGACCCCAAAGAAAGCGUAGAAGCCUUUAGCAACUGCAGGAACCAAGAAGGCCAAGAAUCCCAAAAAAAUGAAAGCAGCCAAGGCCAGGAAGGCACCCAAGAGGCCAGUGAAGACCAGAAAGCAGUAUCUGUUCUGCAAUGCGUCCCCUAUAGUCUCCUAACUCAGGACCUAGAUAUUGGAUUUCCCACAAAUCACUAACUCCCCUCAUGUGUGCACGCAGAUGCGCGCGCACACACACAACAGCAGUAACAAGGAAUCUAGCCACUGCCACAUGGCUUCAAACAAAACCUCUAUUUUUGGAUUUACCACCACCUUCCCCGGGUCCAUUAAGGGGUGGAGUACGUUAAAAUCCUGACAAGCUUGCUGAUGUAUCCUGAAUCUUCAGGUUUAAGAACUAUUUUUAGGACUGCAAUAUAAAACCCAGCACUGAGAAACCUAGGAGAACCAAUCAUGACACCCCAGAGGUGAACUGGGGGAGGGAAGGAGGCCGCUAACAUCCUUCAGUCCUCCUGCCUGAGCUGAAGUUUUUCAGCAGACAGACUAUUUAUAAAAUCUACCCUGUAUGCUUCCAGAAACCAUCAGAAGCAGCCUCUUCUUUAUUUUCAGCAUGUGCCGGGAACUAGUCUGAGUCAGGGUCACACUGGAGUUCAGUUGAAGGUCACUGAGUGAAGCUCCUCUGGUCCCAGCCAUCUCAGGUAGCUGGACUGUAUUGUUCCAGGCUUCCUGUCUGCUUCUGAGCUGUCCUCCAACUUUUGGUGCUGAAUCUUUGCUAACAUGCCCAUAUGUGAAUCCAGAUGCAAGUCCUUUCCUUGCACUCAAAUGCAGCACCGCAUUUUGCCACCCACUGAGUACAAUAUCAUACCAUAUUUCCCCAUUACCUUGAAAACCUAAAAUACUUAGGAAUUCCAGAAUGCUUAGGAAUGUCACUGUAUUUUCAGGGUUCAUUAUUGUCCAUUCAAUUGUGUAUUGCUCUACAGUGUGCAAAUUUUACAUGCAAUUAUUUUAGUUGAGGUCCAGAAUCUUGAAGUGGAUAAUCCAUUAAUGUAUCUCUUCACAUGCCAACAUACGAACAGUGUGGUGAUAGGUACAAUAGUGCACGAAGGAUCAAGUUGGGAUUUAGAGUUUGCAUUGUGGUUAUUUUGCAGGAAUUGUGGGCUGGCAGGAGGUGGGGAAGGAAACAGGUGGAACAGGAGAACAUGAGCUGCAAGUUCCUCAUCUGUAAGAGGAGAUUGGAAGAAAAACUGGCGUCCCUGGAUUAAAAAUUUAAUGUUUUUAUUUAUUUUGAAAGGGAGAGCAUGAGCUGCGGGAGGAGC